UGCAAAGGCAACAAAGCAAGAAUAUUGGGUUUGCUAAUUCUGCUAAAUCAGACUCUAAAAUGGACUCUAGCAUGUGGGAACCACAGAGGCAACAAAGUAGGAAUACUGGGAUUGCUAAUUCUGCUAAAUCGGACUCUAAAAUGGACUCUAGCAUGUGGGAACCACAAAGACAACAAAGUCAGAAUACAUGGAUCCUUGAUUCUGCUAAUCCAGACUCUAAAAUAGACUGUUGCAUGUGGGAACCACAAAGGCAACAAAGUGACAAUAUUGGGAUUGCUAAUUCUGCUAAAUCGGACUCUAAGAUGGACUCUAGCAUGUGGGAACCACAACAGCAAGGAAAUAAAUCCACUCGGAGGGCUCCCGUCAAGUCCGAUGCAGUGGUUGGUACUAGCAUGUGGGAACCACAGCGACUACGAAGUAGGAGCGCUGUGAAUUCUGACACCAAAGUGGAAACUGCCCUGUCCGAACCACAGCGAAUACGAAAUAAGAACACUGCUAAUUUUAAUGGUACAGUGGAUGCUAACACGUGGAAACGACAAAAUCAAGGGAGUAAGACUGGCAGGGUUUCGGCUUCUACAAACCCAGGUGUCUCAGUUGAUGGUAGUGUUUGGGAACCACAACGACUGCGAAGUAAGAAUGCCGUGAUCACCAGCCCCGCAAAGCCGAAUGCUACGGUGGAUGCUAACACGUGGGAACGCCAGCGAAUAAAGAGAGUGGGUGGCACCAGCACAGCGCCCAAAAGAGAAGCUAAUUCCUGUGACAACCAAGGCCGAGGAGGUAAGGCCGUAAAGAUGGACGCUGCCUGGCAAAGGAACUUGGGCAACGUCAGAGUCCACAUCAGGGACCUGGGGAUGAAAGUGGGGGGAAGUACCAUCCGGAGAGACGUAAAGAAAGAGCAGGGGAAAGCCGCUGGGAAGGGCGCCAGGGUUAAAACGAGGUCAUGACAACACAAUGUAGCCAGGGAAAUGAGAAGUUGCAAAUCCUGUUGACUUUUAAAGAGUUUGGGAGUCACUGAGCUGCUGCCAGGCUGAAAUUCUUCACCACAAGAGGAGUCAGCAACAAUACAGUAUUCCAUAAAGAAAAUUAACGAUUUUACACAAAAUUGAAACAUGCAUGUAAAUAUUGUAAAUGAGUAAACAUCAUAUUUGGACAUUGAAAAGGAGGAGAGAGCGUAACAGUAUUGUGUGUGCUAUAUGUAUACUGUAAAUAUGCAUUUUUUUAAUUUAUGAGUACAGAUAUCACUGUUGUUAAAUUUGUUCUUUGUAAAUGCAGUCUGGUGUAAAUACGACGCGAUGUCUGUCACGUGGAUUGUUGGUUGGGAGGUUGUUUGUUACCUUUGUGUGUAAUUUUGUAUUCAGCAUCCUGUGGGCUUUUGUCACCAAACUAUUUAUUGUCCAAUAAAUAUAAAGAAUAAGAAA